AAAAUAUAUAUGAGCGAUAACUCACAAAUUUCCUAUGGCUCCUGUUAUACUCCCAGGUACAGGAACCCUUCCAGGUCGAGCGUCAGAAGAGAAGAACUCACAAGUGACAAGACGGAGAAUAAAUAUUAUUUUAGCAAGGAGAAAACAAGGCACAAGAGAAAGAUAAUAGACCAACAAGAGAGCUAUAAUGUCAAGACUGUGGAGGAUCAGUACAGGACGACGACUCAUAGAAGCCGAUUAUCCAUUAAAGAGCCUUAUUACGACUACAAAAAUGACAAGGUCCAGCUGUUCAAGGAUAUAAAAGCUAAAAUAGACAAUCAAAAAUCAUUUGCUACUAACCCAGAAGAUGCCUUUGGAGACCUGAGCAGAAAUAAGGACCUGAAGAAGAACAAUACAUCCUUCUUGAAGCAAACAGGAAGAGAGAUGAAGUAUAACAUAAUCGAGAACAAGCUUGAUGAUUACGUGAAUUCUAAACGUAAUGAAAUAUAUGCAAGAAUGAAACUUCCAAAAGCUUUGGUGAAUCAUUACAUUACCAGUGCUAGUAUGUCCAACUGAAGCAUCUCAGAGCAAAACCCUUAUGAUAUCUUUGAUAAUAACGAUACGAAUGCUUCCAAAGACCUUGAGUUUGAUAGGAUUAGCGACAUCGAUAUGGAAGAGCCGGCCAAGAGACUCGCCAUUUUGAAUGGCAAAGAUUCCAAAUUCCCGUCUAUCAUCAUGGAAGGGAACAAAAAGCGGAAAGGAUUCGCAUUCUGAUGAACAAGUCUUUAA